AUGCCAAGCCAAGCCAAUUGGAUGGAUGCACGCAUUGGCGUCAGCGUUUCACAAAUAUCCAACUCGUCGUUACUAACUCGCAAGACAGUGGCGUCGAACGAGGGUGCCCACAAUAGCGCUGCUGGCAGUGCAGCUGAUGGUGGUGCUGGCACAAGUGGCGAAACGGCCGCAUUGUUCUCCAAACUACGAAGUUUCUCCAUCGGCAGUGGCCCAAAUUCGCCACAGCGCGUAGUUUCAAAUCUACGCGGUUAUCUAACGCAUCGAUUCAGUAAUAUCACACCGAGCGAUACAGGAUGGCGCGAUUCCAUUCUCUCAAUUCCCAAAAAAUGGCUAUCCACUGCAGAGUCCGUCGACGAAUUUGGCUUUCCCUGCACACUACCAAAAGUACCAGUCCCACCGUUGGAGGAGACCAUGGCUAAUUAUUUGCGUGCCAUUGAGGCCUUCACGUUACCAGCAAAACUCGAGAGCACGAAACUUUUGGUUAAGAAGUUUAUGGCGCCAGAAGGUAUUGGUCCAAAAUGUCAUCAGUACUUAUUGGAAAAACGUGAGGCUGAAGAUAAUUGGGCCUACAACUACUGGCUAAAUGACAUGUACAUGGAUGUGCGUUUGCCGCUGCCAAUCAAUUCAAAUCCCGGCAUGCCUAUGCCGCCCGUCCGCUUCACCACAGUACAUGAUGUGGCUCGCUUUGCCGCAUUCCUAUUGAGCGGCAUCAUGAAGCACAAGGAGCUGCUGGACAGCGGCAAUCUACCCAUCGAUCGUGCUGGUUCACGUGAAAAGAAUCAACCACUCUGCAUGGCGCAAUACUAUCGCCCACUAGGUUCAUGUCGAAUUCCUGGCAUCGAACGCGAUUCGCAAUAUCUAGUUGAACGUGGCGAGAAGAGCGAUGAACAUGUGAUUGUCAUAUGUCGCAAUCAAAUGUAUUGCGUCAAUGUCAAGACCAGAGAACGCGGCCAAAUAUCGGAAAGUGAGAUCGCUUCAAAUAUUCUGCACGUACUCAGCGAUGCACCAUGUUUGCCAACCAAACCGCCGCCGGUAGGUCUACUCACUGCCGAGGAACGUACACGUUGGGCCAUGAAUCGCCAACUGCUGCUGGAGAACGAUGUCAACCAGAAUAGCAUCGAGUUGAUUGAGAAAGCGCUGUGUCUGCUUUGUCUCGAUGAGCCGCUACCGAACACCUUCAACGCUUACACCUUUAGCGCAGCGACGCCAACGGGCUACAUGGUUGGUGAUCGCGACGAUACGAAUAUGUUGCAUGAGAUGAUACAUGGCGGUGGCAGCGCUUACAAUUCGGCUAAUCGCUGGUUCGAUAAGGUGUUGCAGAUCAUUAUUUGCACUGACGGCACCUGGGGCAUUAACUAUGAGCAUUCCUUUUCGGAGGGUGAUGCAGUUGUGAAUGUCAUUGAGAAAAUUUAUAAAAAUUUGGAAGACAACAAGCAGACCGCAUGUAAUAGUGUAUCAUCGCAGCCGCCACCUGAACGAAUACCGUGGGUUAUAACGCCACAGUUGGAGGCACGCAUUAAGGAGGCCGUGGUCGCGGUGGAUAAGUCAGUUAGCGACUUUGAUUUGUAUGUAUAUCGAUAUAAGGGCUAUGGAAAGAAUUUCAUCAAGAAGUGCAAGUGCAGUCCUGACGCCUUUGUGCAGCUCAUGCUGCAAUUGUCCUACUUUAAAUUGUAUGGCCAUUUGGUAGCCACCUACGAGAGUGCUUCCACGAGACGUUUCUUGCUGGGUCGCGUCGAUUGCAUACGCGCAUCCCACAAGGAGGCACUCGAUUGGGCUACAGCCAUGUGCCAAGGUGAGGGUGCAAAUGUGUCCUUGGAAAGCGAAGGAGAAGAUGACGAUGCACGCAAAGUGAAAUUCAGCAUUUAUGAUAAAAAUAAGCUCAGAGAACUUUUCCGCAUUGCCUGCAAUCGCCAAACCGAAAUUAUGGUCCAAAAUAUACUUGGGCAUGGCAUCGAUAUACCAUUGCUGGGCUUACGAGAAGCUAGUAAAGAGUUCAACAAUGGUCAGGUACACGACCUCUUCAGCCAUGAAACAUUCACAACUGCCAAUAUUUUUCUGCUGAGUACAAGUCAGGUGGCUACCAAAUCGGAUGCUUUCAUGGGCUAUGGCGCGGUAACGCCACGCGGCUAUGGUUGCUCCUACAAUCCGCAUCCGGAUGAAAUUGUCUUUUGUAUAUCCGCCUUCUAUUCCUGCGAGGAUACAAGCACAUCACGCUUUGCCAAAUCGCUGAAAGAAUCACUAGACAUGAUGAAGGAUCUAAUGAAAGACGAAUCAGAGCAAAACGAAUGAAGUACAGACGAGAUGCUGCGCUAACCAAAAAUAUGCGGCAAAUUGUAAGAGUUGUUAGAGUUACUAAAAGCAAAAGCAAAAUAUACAUAUCUAUAUAAACAUAUCAGCAAGUUAACCGCAAAGAGCAAGCAAUUAAUUUGCAACUAAAUAUGUAUAACAACCAACAAUACCACAAACAUAUCAGCAAAGGUACCUUAACGUUGUAGUAAACGUCGUUGAAUUUAGUUAAAUGUAUUAUUAUUAUAAAUAUUUAUAAUCAGAAACAUAUCUGUA